GGGCGGCUUGGUGGGUGCUGGGCCCGGAGGCACGUGCGCAGGGGAGAAAGCGGGAGCUCCGCGGGUUCGGCCUCCCUUUCCUCCCCACCCCCCACCAAGGGAGCAGUUCCUCUUCUGGAAGGGACGCCUGGGGGCGGCUUCGUCCUGCCCCCCUCCUCCUCCCCCGCUCUCGAGUAAAAAAGUUUUGUGACUUCAGCCGCUUUUAUGACUUCAGCCGCUUGGAGGAUCAUAGCAACCCCUAUGAGCUGGUGCGGCCUCUCCGCCGUCGGGCCUGGUGACGGGGAAGGGCAGCCGUUAAUCCCCCAGAGUGGCCGCUGGUGUAGCAGGAUGUCCUGCUUCGCGCAAGGCGCGGCCUUCAUCCCCACGUUCCUGGUCUCCUGGUCGUCGGCCGCCUUCAUCCUCUCCUACGCGAUCGCCGUGCUCAGCGGCCAUGUGGAGCCGCUUUUCCCCUAUAUCAGUUAUUCUCUGUGUUGUCAGGACCAAACUCACUUUUGUAUUGCAUUAUUGGUCUUUAAGACAAUUUGUGUACAUUUUUCUCAUUUAUUUUUUUCAGGUGCACUUACAAUGUACAUAAAAUAUUUAAUUGUAAAGAAACAAAACGAAGUGACUCAUUUUGUUUCCCCUUGUUUCAACUUAUUGACAUUGUACGUUGGAAUUCUGGGUUCUAUUGGAUUGGGCAUUGUUGCAAGUUUUCAGGAAUUAGCAGUUCCUGCUGUCCAUGAUGGGGGAGCUCUUUUGGCUUUUGUCUCUGGUGCGGUCUACAUUUUUCUUCAGACAGUUAUCUCUUACAAAUCACGUCCACAAUGGAGCACUCCGUGUGUAUGUCACACAAGAUUAUUUCUCUCCGUAAUGACUUGGGUAGCUGUCAUUCCCAUGAUUGCAUGUGCUUCAUUAAUAUCCAUUACAAAAAUAGAUUGGAUUCCAGGUGAAAAGGAUUAUGUGUACCAUUUUAUAAGUGCAAUCUGCGAAUGGACAGUAGCCUUCGGCUUUGUGUUCUUCUUCUUAACGUAUAUCAGAGACUUUCAGGGAGUUACCAUACAGAUAUCAACAGAAAUUCAGGGAAACCUCUGACCACUUUUUGUUACAGUUAGCUGGAUUGGUGUGUGUGUGUGUGUUAUAAACUGUUGCAAUGGCCAAGAUUGACCUGGCAUCAACUUGAUGCAUCACUGCUGCAAAUUGUUAUAAUUGUUGUCAAGAAAAAAGGUUCUUUUUAAUUUUAGGCUUUUAAUUUUCCUGUGUAACCAAUCUACUAAUAAUCUUUUGUAUUAUAAAUACCUUUUCAGUUUUUUUUUUAAAUAGAGGACCUCUGAAAUAUGUAAUCGCUAAGGAAUAAAUGUUUAUCUACUGUAAUAUCUCCUUUUUAUCUGUUUGGUGAAUAAAGAUAA